AUGUCACGCUACGACGUUGCAGGUGAGCCCACAGCCGAACAUCUUGCCGAAAAUUAUAAGGAUGUCAUGGGACGUAUUCACGCCGCCGCUGGCGGACGUCCAGUCACGCUCGUUGCCGUGAGCAAAACCAAGUCCCCGGCGUGUGUGCAAGCGCUGUACGAUUGUGGGCAACGCUGCUUUGGGGAAAAUUACGUGCAGGAGAUGGUGGAAAAGGCGGGUGUAUUGCCGAAGGACAUCUGCUGGCACUUCAUUGGCCACUUGCAGAGCAACAAGGUGAAGGAGCUUCUUGAGGGGGCGGAGGGCUUGAGUCUCGUGCAGACCGUGGACAGCGCAAAACUGGCAAACAAGUUGCAUGAUGGCUGCGCGAAGUACCGUGGCGGCCGCUCCUUGGACGUUUACGUCCAGGUUAACACGAGCGGUGAGGAGUCAAAGAGCGGCACAGAACCGGGGAACCCGACGGUGGAGCUCGCAAAGCACAUAAAAGAGAACUGCAAGCUUCUCAACUUGGCAGGGCUUAUGACCAUUGGGAUGCCUGACUUCACGAGCCGCCCAGAAAACUUUGAAUGUCUCUUGCGCAAUCGUGAGGCGGUUGCCGCAGCUCUUUCUGUGCCUGCCGAUUCACUUGCACUCUCAAUGGGGAUGACCGGCGAUUUUGAGAAUGCGAUAAAAAUGGGAUCGACGGUGGUGCGGGUGGGGACCGCGCUCUUUGGCCAGCGCUACUACCCAAAAAAGUGA